GUCGCGCGCUGCCUCUCCUUAGUGAGCUACUGGCCAUUCUUAGAUGACACCUGGUCGCGAACUAUCGCCAUCGGGGAGCGGACCACCACCCACCAGCCACCAGCUACUCACAUCGGCAGAAUGUGUUCCGCGGACCGUCUGAAUAAACUAUAAAUACCUACUUAUACAAUUUGUUUCCAAACUACACAAUGUGACAUUGACAACACAGCGACGCGCGACCACAGAGCAACACAAUGUUGCUAGCAUGCAGCUCCGAUAUACGUGGGGGGAGGGGGGAUAUAUGAGCAGGUACUUGUGUUGUUGACACAUUCAUCAAGGAUGGAGCGGAGCCAUCGAUUGUGGCGUGACGUCAUCACCAACUGACUAACUGCCGCCUUGAACUCGAUACAGCCCGCGCCAAUAUGUCAGCGAAACUUGCCAACAUCCCAAUUUCGUUACUUGUACUUACAAACUGCAGGAAACUGGAGCAUUGAUGUACAACGCGUAGCAACACUGCAAGGACCAAAACUUCGUAGCGAGGAAUAACUUUCGUAGCGCACGUAGCUUGCUACACUGCUACGCCGCGCGCCGCUACGUUUGCUACGAUGGCUACGAGCUACGAGCCCUACGCUACGAGUUCAACCCUUCCUUAUAAAUAUGGAAUGUGGAUGUAUGUUACUGUUUUACGUAAAAAUACUGAACAAAUUUAGACGAAACAAAUAAAUAAAUUAGUCUGGAAUAACACAACGGAGGCAAUUUAACUAGAAACGUAGUAGGUGAAGUAAAUAAUACAUUUUUGACAAUUACAAGUACGCCAGUGGUGCGGCGGCGAGUCUGUCGGCCGCCAGUGUAUGGUCCCAGUUUCAGUGCUAGGUAUAGUUGCUCUCUCUCGAGCAGAAGGUGUCGAGUGCAGUCCUUGGGUUGAAUUAUUGGGUUGUAAUGUAAUAAAUGUUUAAUUUGUCCCGCAACAAAAGUGAAUGUAAUGCAGUAGUAGUAAUGGUGUGACAUAUAUUGUGUGUGUAUGUGUGUGAGUGUACACACACAGCCUCACCGCCCAGGAGUGAGAGGGAUCGAUGCGCGCCGCCACUCCGGCGCCACCCGGCCGCGCGCGACACACGCACCGCGCGACACGACAACACUAUAUACUCGCACCGCGCACUGAUACACUACUACAUCAGUGUGUGGCUCGCGCGCUGUGGACGAUGCGACGACUCUCUCUACUCACCUACAUGAUGCGGUUGUUAUAUAUACAGUAAAUCACGGUGAUCUAUGGCAGCACCUACUUAUAUACAGCAGUAAUAUAAUUAUUUUCAUUAACAUGAGUUCUAUAAUUUACACGUACAAACGUACGAGUAACAGACAGAGACAGAUGUUGGCGCGCGCGGAGUGUCUGUGUGUCGCGGUGUUGUCGCGCGGAGGCUGCGCUCCGUGUCGCCUCACUCUCUCCGCGGCGAGAGUGACGGUCGCAUCGCCAGUACACACUGUACCUAUUGAUACACAGUGACAGUCUACCAGUCUGUCAGUCAGUCAGUCAGUCAGUGUCACGCAAUAUGAGACACGUGUCUACCAGGAGCGCACAGUAGCGUACGGUGUCAGGAGGCAAUCAGCGAACAUGGGGCGCGGGGGCGCGGGGGCAGGUGGAGGCGCGGGCGGGGGCGCUGCGGGCGGCGUGCUGGCCGUGGAGCUGUGCGCGCCGCUGCUGCUGCUGUGCUGGCUGUGCUGCUGGCCCGACGACAGCUCAGAGAGCUCGGCCGGCCGCCGCCCGCAGCGCCCGGCGCUGGCCGCCGUCCCCGAGUCGGGCUGGCGGCGCCGCUCCAGCGAGUUGUUCGGGCGCCGCGCCACCUCCAGCGCCGCGUCGCUGCACCUGCCCAGCACCUCCGGCUACAAGAAGCCGCUGUCGGCGCACCGCAGCCACGAGGAGAUAGGCGGGCGGCGCAAGCUGUCGAGCCACGAGGGCGAGGCGGAGGCGCGCUACCACUCCGCGCCCAGCGUCAUCGACGAGGUGCUGCACCGCCGCGACUGGGAGCGCUCCGCCAGGGACCUGUACAUCCCGCUGCGGCCCGAGCCGGAGCCGCCCUGCUCCAGCGACAGCUCGCACGACGAGCCGCGGCCCUGCAAGAAGCACCACUCCAACAUCAAGUGCUCGCGCCGCAAGGAGCGCGCCGACACCGACGACAAGGACACGGACGCCACCGAGCUCGGCUCCUUCUACAUCGGCGAGCGCGCCGAGGCGGGGCCCGCCACCGCCGCGCGCGCCGCCGCCGUGUACCAGGCCAAGGACGACAAGCAGAGCUUCAACGAGUCGCUGCGCAGCCGCGGCUGCCUGGAUGACGUCAUCGAGCAGCUGGACCGCCUGCAGCCGCUGGACCGCUCGGGCGCCACGCACCACUCCAUCGAGUCGCGCCUCAGCCUCGGCCGCCACGUGUUCCCGCCGCCCUCUGUCGAGCCGGUGGGCUACGAGGGCGGCGCGUGCUACCUGGCGGAGCGCGGCGCCGUGCACGAGCUGCGCGCCUGCGCACUGCGCGCCCGCCACGCCAGCGACGGAGACAUCCUCGCGCCGCCGCUGCGCCCCGAGUCCGGCGCCUUCUCAGAGAGCGACCUGGACCUGGAGCUGGACGCGGCGGAGGAGCGGCCGCCGCCCUACGACGAGCUGCAGCACUACGCCGAGCACAAGGAGACCGCCAUCUAGCGGCCGCUAGGUGCAACACCACGCUGUUACUGUUUCAUAGUUUACGUUCGUUACGUGUUGAUGUGCCGCGCUGCCUCGCUUGACUGUCAGUGUACCUGUACAAGUAUAACGCGUUGUCACCAUCACUCCACCCUUGUCAUCCAUUACCGCAACCAUCGCGUCCCUGGAGCACGCGUCGUGUGGAUGUUGGUCACACUGUGUAAUGUAUAUUGUACUCGUUCGUGUGGCGGCCGACAUUCCUCAAUGUAAGCUACUCGUACUUGUUGCUUGACACGGACUGACCAACCCUCGGCCCGAGGCUCGCGACUGUGGAGGCGACGCUAGGCUACGCAGGCAGUUGUUGUAAAUAUUUAUUGUUCCUGACACUAGCAGCGCACGCCCGGGUACUGCCACGCAACACUCGGCCGUGAGGCCUGCACCGCAGAGUUCAAAGUAAAAUACAAAGAGAAUAUUUUGUAAUACAAUGACGCGUAGUGAGAGUAAUUAUAAGAAUCGUAGUUAGUGUCAAUUAGCAGUGUCAGCGGAACAUGGUCUCUGUCAAUAUUAGCAUAAGGUGCUUAUUUGUUUGUGCGGCGCGCGCAGCAGCCCGCACUGUCCGCGCUGCUGCUCGGGCUGCCGUGUCGUUAAUAAAGUAUAUGUGUUACCGA